CCAACGCAAUUGCCCCCCCCCCACCCAUCUGCUUCACUGUAGAUUCCUCGCCUAGGAAGGUGACGACGAACAAUGGGAACCUUAGGCAGAGCAUUUUACUCCGUCGGAUUCUGGAUCCGUGAGACCGGUCAGGCUCUCGAUCGCCUCGGAUGUCGCCUCCAAGGCAAAAACUGCUUCCGUGAACAACUAUCUAGGCAUCGGACGUUGAUGAACGUAUUCGAUAAGGCUCCGAUUGUGGAUAAGGAAGCUUUUGUAGCACCAAGCGCCUCUGUCAUUGGGAACGUUCAGAUCGGAAGAGGAUCGUCUAUUUGGUAUGGAUGCGUACUACGAGGGGAUGUGAACACUGUUAGUGUUGGAUCAGGAACUAAUAUUCAGGACAACUCACUUGUUCAUGUGGCAAAAUCUAACUUAAGCGGAAAGGUCCCUGCAACCAUCAUUGGAGACAAUGUAACCAUUGGUCAUAGUGCUGUUUUACAUGGAUGUACUGUUGAGGAUGAGGCUUUUAUCGGGAUGGGGGCGACACUUCUGGACGGUGUCGUGGUUGAAAAGCAUGCCCUGGUUGCUGCUGGUGCGCUUGUGCGACAAAACACUAGGAUUCCUUCCGGAGAGAUAUGGGGAGGAAACCCAGCAAAGUUCCUCAGGAAGCUCAAGAGUAAGGAAAUUGAUUUUAUCCCAGUGUCAGCUGAAAACUACUCAAACCUCGCGAAGGCUCACGCUGCAGAGAAUGCAAAGCCACUAAAUGCGAUCGAGUUUGAGAAGGUUCUACGCAAGAGGUAUGCUGCAAAAGACGAGGAGUAUGACUCCAUGCUUGGUAUUGUGAGAGAAACUCCACCAGAGCUUAAACUCCCUAACAACAACGAGUCUAAGCCAAGCGUCCUUUAAAUGUGAACUGAUUUUUCGGGGUAUGUUUUCUGAUCGAAACCUUAAAUACCUAGUAUCUAUGAGAUGUCUCAAGAAGAUGUCUGGUUUGAAUAAUGGCAUGUAGAGUACACUAGAGUAGAGUGAAAUUACAGCUUUGGAGAAACUUUUGCUCGACUUUUCAUCAUGGUUUCUUAGGAAUGUAUGGUAUUGUCAGACCAAACUAUGGAUGCUACUACUUUGUUGUUUGAAAUUCUGAAUCAAUAUUAUGAAACAUGAAGAUUGAAUAAUAAUAAUAAUAAUAGUAGACU